AUGGCCUCCAGUGGCAGCUCGUUGUUCGGAGGGGGUGGUGGCCUUGGAGCCGCAACAUCACAGCCAAACAGUCUUUUCUCCGGCAAUAAGCCUGCAGCAAGUCCAUUUUCAGGGCUAGGUUCGACAUCUACCCAAAGCGCACAGCCGCAGUCUUUGUUCGGGGGCCAAUCCCAGACCCAGCAACAACCCACUCAGUCUUCGUUUAUGGGGCAGACCCAGCAACCUGCUCAAUCCUCUCUCCUGGGACAAACUCAACAACCUAGUACUACGCAAACUCAAGGACAGCCACUUGCGUCCACGCAGCCGGCCUUCUUCAACAGUCUUUUGGAGCGUGGCAAGAAGCGACCAUUGUCAUCAUUUGGCCAAAAUAACAACUUCGAAGACGUGCCUAGUCUUCAGUUGGGUCUUGACGACAUCCGCCGAAAGGCCCGCGAGCUAGGAUCAACGGGGCAAAAGGAUGCUCCAACUGGCGCUAAUAGCAAGGCCCAUUAUCUUCUUGCAGCUUCCGGUAUCUCCCCUGGUCGAGCAUUGCGCGACCUCAAAUCUCUUGAUCCCCAGGCAUCUCUCGCGAGCCCAGGGAAAGAACCGGAUAACUUUGAUCCAGACAACCAAAGAUUUUUGCGGAAUAUCCAGCAACGCGGUCGUCAGGUUAUGAUCAACGAAAGCCUUGCGAGGGCCCAUAGGGACUUUGAUUCGUUUUUGGAAGAGAAACUCGACAUGGACUGGGAGGAGCAGCGUCAUAAUAUCUUCCAUCAUUUCGGACUCGGCUCGAACGAUGAAUCUGGGGAAUUUAAAUCCACCACAAGGGGCGCAUUUGGUCGUACGGCAAGACAGUCUAAACAACCUGGUGGCCCAGGUAAUGGACCCUCGGCCGCAUCUCGUCGAAGCGUAUUCGGGCGCUCCGGUCUUGAAAAGUCGGUCAUUGGGACACCUGGGGCCGGACUGGCAAGUCGUCAAAUAUUUGAAGACCAGAGCGAGCGAAGUGAAGGUAGUCUACACCAGUCACCCGAUCUCAGAUUUCAUCGCGAGAAGAUGGGACAGUAUGCCGAGAAGGUUCAGCAACUCAACCUUGCGAGACUACAAAAGAAGUGCUAUCCAAUUCUUGAUGAGUUUGCGACAGUUGAGAUGCGCACCGGCGGUGAUAUUCCUCCACAACUUUUCGCUGCAUACCAGGCCUUGAUAGGAAUCGUCCAUGAGAAGCCAAAUAUUGUCAGCCCAUCGGAGCCAGGAGCGGUCAAAGAAAGACAGUAUGCUGACGACUAUCUUGAUGAAUCGCCCAAGUCCCGCAAAGCCAUCAAUCUCAAGAAGCAAAUUCUUGAAGGUUCAAGGACCUUCCUUGAAAAAACUUUCUUUGACGAAGUGGAAAUUGCCAUCGCCAAAAAUCCUCGGGAGGCACAACUGGGCGGAAUCCCGACUGUGAUCAACAAAAUCCGUGCUUUCAUUCGACUUCGAGCUGCAAGAAAGGAUCUCGCUCCGGAUGGAACCGAACUGCAGAUGGUGAACCAAGACUACUGCUGGAUUCUAAUCUUUUACCUUCUGCGGUGCGGGUUUAUUACUGAAGCGGCUGAAUACGUGAGCCAGGACAGCGGUUUCCGCUCUUUGGAUCACAAAUUUGUGACCUACAUGACAACCUAUGCACAAAACAGACGACUUCCCCGGGAACUGCAGACUAAAAUCAAUGGCGAGUUCCAACAGCGCUCACGGAAUGCACCCGAAAACACUGUUGACCCUUACCGAAUGGCAUGCUACAAGAUUAUUGGCCGUUGCGAUAUCUCGCGCCGUCGUCUGGACGGUGUCAAUCAGAGUGUGGAGGACUGGAUGUGGCUACAGUUUAGCCUUGCUAGAGAAGAUGAUCGUGCCGAAGAGGUUGCAAGCGACGUUUUCGGCUUGGAAGACAUACAGGCUGACAUCCAAGAAAUCGGUCAGCGAGUCUUCACCAAGGGUCAGGAAGGACCUGGUGGCUAUGGAACUUACUUCCUCCUCCAGAUUUUGGGAGGAAUGUUCGAACAAGCCGUGCAUUACCUCGGGACUUAUGCACCGGUUACGGCUGUCCAUUUUGCCGUUGCCCUGUCUUACUAUGGUCUUUUGCGGGUAUCCGACUUUUACACCUCUGGCGAAGAAAUCUUAACCUUUACGGUGAAACAAUAUCCUCAAAUCAAUUUCGGAUAUCUCUUGACUCAAUACACACGAGAGUUCCGCACUGGAUUUGUUGAAGCAGCAAUCGAUUACUUCACCCUGAUCUGUUUCAAUGCAGACCUCCCAGGUGCCCUUGGCAAGUCGCAGGCAUCAGUAUGCCACGAAGCCUUGCGCGAGUUCAUCUUAGAAACUAGAGACUUUGCCAGAUUACUCGGUGAUAUUCGUGCUGACGGUACCCGGCUCAAGGGAGCAAUCGAGCAACGUCUCGAUUUAAUCAAGAUCGACGAUCAACAAGAAUUCUUGAAGACCAUCACAAUUCAAGCUGCCGCCGUAGCAGACGACAAGGGAUUAAUCACUGAUGCUGUUCUUUUAUACCACCUGGCUGAGAAUUAUGACCGGGUCAUCGACAUCAUAAACCGUGCGAUGUCAGAUGCAAUUGCGGUUGAUUUGGGCACGGUCGUGCCGAGAUUGCAACCCCUGCGCCCCCGUGUUGACCAGGGUGAGCCUGAUUUAAUCGACGCUGGAAGCAGCCUCAGCUUGACCGCUGUGGAUGAUCCCGCCGUGCUUGCCAAGAACAUGAUUAGUCUCUACAACUCCAACAACAUGUACUUUGGAAAGAUCCGACAAGUCAACCGCGAUGCUUGUGGAUUGCUACUGCUCAUGAUUGAGGCAAAGACCCAGGUUGAAGCUGGCCGAUGGGCCCCUGCACUUGAUGCAAUCAACAUUUUGAAUAUUCUUCCUUUACAAGCGCGUGGCGCAGUGCCUGUGAUUCGAGCUGCUGCUCAGUCUUUCGCAUCUUUGCCCCCAAUCAUCUCACGCAACAUCGGGCAUGUCAUCAUGUGGAGUAUUACCUGCAUUGGCCAUGAACGCCAAAAGCAAACCUCCGGGGCCUACGAAAACGAAGUGCGCCAGGGAUUGGCGGACACUCUGCUUGUCAUGGCCAAAGAUCUCAUGGUCUUUUCGGGCAUGGUCAAGUAUAAGCUGCCACCCCGAGUGUAUGAGACUCUGGCUCGUGCUGGAGCGGAGAUCGGAGCAUACUAA